AUGCGUUUGAGCGCUGUGGUGUGCGGAAUAGAAUUCUGUUAUGCUGCUGAAACAGCUUUUGUGUCACCGAUUUUACUUCAAAUUGGUAUACCGGUUGUGCUUAUGACAUGGACAUGGUGUUUACCGCCACUCAUCGGCUUUUUGCUUGUUCCAGCACUUGGUUCGCUCAGUGAUAGACUUCUUACACCUUUUGGCCGACGGCGACCGUUUAUCUUACUCUAUUCCAUCGGUAUUCUUAUCGGUUUGAUCCUGGUGGCCAACGGUCGUAUUUUGGGAGAAUGGUUUGGGGAUACAAGAUUUCAAAUGAUUAGUAAAGAUUCGAUUUUCAAUGGUACUCGUAUUGAAAAGUAUGUCAAAGUUGCGAGUCCCUUAUCAUCACGAAAAUUUGGCACAAUUCUGACAGUAUUCGGUGUCUUUUUACUCGAUCUCGAUUGUGACGCAUGUCAAAGUCCAAGUCGAGCCUAUCUACUAGAUGUGACUAAUCCAGAUCAGCACGCAGCAGGUUUGUCAACAUUUACAUUCAUGGCUGGUCUUGGUGGCUGUUUAGGAUAUUUCCUUGGCGGAAUACCUUGGGAACGUACGUUCCUCAGUAACAUCCUCGGUGAUCAUAUUCAUGUGGUAUUCACAUUAGUUUGGCUCAUCUACAUUGUUUGUGCCAUUUCAACUUUGACAGCAGUGAAAGAGCCAGCGAAUUUGACUGUAACAGCACCGAAUCUGAUGCGAUCAUCAUCGCGACAAUGCAUCAUGUCUGCCGGUACGUUUCAUGAUGAUAGUGAUGAACACUAUACCAGAAACUACAGUCGAUGCGAGUCAUUGUCCACGGAAAAUCAACGAGUAUCAUAUUUCGAUUAUAUUCGAUCGAUCAUCUAUAUGCCUUCAUCGUUGAGAUGGCUCUGUUUAACGAAUUUUUUCUGUUGGAUGGCACUCGUUUCUUACUCCCUGUUCUUCACUGAUUUCGUUGGACAAGCCGUAUUUGGUGGAAAUCCAAAACUAGCUCGCGAUCAUCCAUUACGUUUGUUGUACAACGAAGGCGUUCGAUUUGGUUCAUGGGGUAUGUCAAUCUAUUCAAUAUCAUGCUCGAUUUAUUCGUAUAACAUCGAGGCCCUCAAUAAUUAUUUUGGUAUAAAACGUGUUUAUAUUGGAUCACAACUGAUCUAUGCUGUAGGAAUGUUAUUGAUGGGAUAUGUAAGACAUCGUGCCGGCGUCAUCAUUCUUUCAGCAGCAGCCGGAGUAUUGUAUUCAACUUUAUUUACGAUUCCAUAUCUAUUAAUAUCAAAAUAUCAUGCAUCAAAUACUUUCGAUCAAUCGAAUGGUCUUUCCAUCAGCGGACAAGUUCGUGGUAUUGGCACCGAUGUCGCAGUGGUUAGCAGUAUGGUAUUUCUAGCACAAUUGUGCUUAUCAUCAACAAUGGGAACUCUUAUUCAUCUUGCUGGUUCGACUGUUGUGGUAACAAUUGUUGCUAGUUUUCUUAGUAUUUGUGGUGCCAUAUCGGCAACAAAGGUUUUAUAUGUCUCGGAGACGACCUGA